AUGUGGGUAACGUCAAAACCUGUUGGAGAUUUUACUUUCGAAUUAGACACCGGAAAAUUUGCCGCCCUCCAUUUACAACCAUGUAGUUGGAAUCAAUUAAAUGAUCCUAAAUCUAAAUCUUCUGGACUGGGUUAUAUGGUCUCAUUGGUGAAUUCUAUUGGAGGUCCAAAUAUGUCCUUUAUUGUAAACAUUCAAUUAAAAUUUCGACAAGAUGUCAAGGUUAAAGAAAUAACCUUUAUAUUAAAGAAUAUCCGAAAUUAUCAACCAACCAGACAGUUCGUCUUAUAUAUUAAAAAAAUGCAUCACAUCCAAUUAAAUGUUGAUGAUGCAAUGGUGCAUGUUUGUUUGGAAACCUCAAUGGAAUAA